AUGACCCCAACGGACGAGAAAACUGCACAAACUAAAGAGGAGCUUGAAAGUGCCUCAGUUGAUGAUGAACCAGAAAUAUCAGAAGAACAUAAACAAUAUCUUAUUACCAAACAUGGCACUUACCACUUAACGCCUUUACCAUCAAUGUGUGACGAUGAUCCAUUAAACUGGUCAAAUGGGAUGAAGUUUUUGCAGUUGGGUAUGGUUGCCUUCCACGGAUUCAUGACCACUUUUUUGACAACCGGUUUGGUCCCAGUUGCAGGAGUGUACGCAGAGAAAUUUCAUAUGCCAACUUCUCGGGUGGCCUAUUUGAUUUCCGUUCAAAUUUUACUAGUUGGUGUGUUUCCAUUGUUAUGGGUGCCAUUUAUGGAAAGAUACGGUAAAAGAUUACUAUUAAUUAUUUCUACCUUGGGUACUAUGGGCUUCUCAUUGGGAAGUGUUUUUUGUAACACUUAUGGCUCCAUGAUGGCAAUGAGAGUAUUGCAAUCAGUAUUCAUUUCACCAGGGAUAGCAGUUGGAGGCUCUAUCGUGAAUGAAACGACAUUCAGUCACCAAAGAGGAUCUAGAAGUGGUAUUUGGGCCAUUUCGGUUAAUUUAGGUACGAUGGUGGGUGCUUUCCUAAUGGGAUUUGUGGCACAAUAUCAAGAUGCCAAAUAUAUUCAUGUGGUGUUCACCUGUAUCAACUUUGGGCAAACUGUCUGUUACGUCUUCCUUGGAAAAGAGUCACUGUACAACCACAAUGAUUUAUCAAAAAAUGAGACAAACAGAUUUAAACAAUUGCGAUUCAAAGCUAUAUUCCCUGAGAAUCACAUAACGUUGAAAAAAAUUGUCUAUCCAGCUACAUUUUUUGCCAACUUGAAAAUAUUCAUUCCAACUUUUGCUUAUGCUGUUUGUUUUCUCCAAGCUAACAUUGCAUUGAAUAUUGAAAUCCCAGAGGUUAUGGUGGCAAAAUUUGAAUUGGGUCCACAAGCGUUGGGUUUGCAAUUCCUUUCGUUUAUUAUUGGUACCGCUAUUGGUGAAGUUGGAGGGUACAUGUCAGAUAAGUUGGUUGCUUGGGGACAAAAGAGAGGAAAAGGACCAUCAUUUAGAUUAUGGUUGACAUACCCUGGAUUCAUAGCUUGUAUUAUUGGAUUGAUUGUUUUUGGGGUGCAAAUCGAUCAUGCCAAAACGUGGAAUGUCACACCCUUAGUUGGGUGUGCAUUUGCUGCUUUCGGUUUGCAAAUCAUGACUUCACCAAUCAUUGCUUAUUGUAUUGAUAUGGAUCAUAAACAAGCAGGGGCAAUCAUUCUAUUUAUUACUGCUGUUAGACAAGUUCUUGCGUUCAUUGGUCCGUUCUACUUCCCACAUAUGUAUUCGGAUUUGGGUUUUACCAAAUCCUAUGGUAUCAUGGCUGCUCUUGUUGGUGGUUUGUCACUUAUUCCUACAUUAAUUAUUCACCACUUAGCUGCAAGUAAUGGAAAAUGA